CCGAAGAUUUCAAUCUGGUAAUAUAUCCACAAAAUUUCUUGCAGAAGAAUAUCCAGGUGGAUUUAAAGGUCAUGUUGUCAAAGAUGAAUCUCUACAUGAACUUAUUUCCAUUUCUGCGUUUGUUCAUGCUAAACGUGAUUUGAGAAAUUGGAGUUGGAUUGAUAGAAAAGAAACUUUAUUUAGAGGUAACUUGAACAAAAACGCACCAAGUAAAUGGGAUCUUUGGAUAACAAUUAAUAAAAAUAAGGCUAUUGAACCUAUGAACGUAAAAGUGGAGAAAAAAAGCAUGAGCGAAGAAGAAUUUGAG